AUGGCCUGUGAACGAGCCGCUAGCUAUGGUUUCAGCCAUGGCAGCAGCAACCAAGAGUAUAGGCUUCGGCGUGACUGUCUCGACCAGCUACGAGCAGCCGUACCAUUUAGCUCGUCGUCUGAGUACUCUGGACCAUCUCACAGGAGGAAUGAGAGGUACCUUGACUCCGCAGCCCGCAACCUCACAAACGGAAAGCCACAAGCAGACCAUGAUGAGCGCUAUGCUGUUUGUGAGGAGUACAUGGAUGUUGUAUACAAGCUUUGGAACUCCUCAUGGCGGACCGACGCUGUCGAACUGAACCGUAAGACCGGGGUCUAUACCGAUCCUACGCUUGUACGAGAGAUUAAUCACCAGGGCAAAUACUUCCAGAUUCCUGGUCCACACUUCUGUCAGUACUCACCGCAGCCGACACCAGUCAUUAUGCAAGCAGGCACUAGUCGAGCUGGAAAAAUCUUUGCCUCCAAGCAUGGGGAGGCUAUAUUCGUGUCUGCACAUAGUCCGACCGCUGUUGCGAAAAGUAUCGCAGACAUCCGCCAACAAGCUGCCGAACGUGGUCGUGAUCCGGCCUCCAUCAAAUUUCUAGCGAAGUUCUGCCCUAUCCUUGGUCGUACGCAGGAAGAGGCAGAAGACAAAUACAAGGACUAUCUGAAGUAUGGCGACUACGACGGCGCUCUAGCACUUUUCGGGGGUUGGACUGGCGUUGAUAUGGCGCCUUAUGCUGAGGACGAAGAGCUACGGUAUGUUGACAGCAAUGCUAUAAAGUCGUACAUCGAAGACCUGAUUAAAGUUGCGCCUGACAUCAACGGUGGUAAGUGGACCAAGCGGACACUGGCAGAGCAUAUCAUGGUAGGGGGCCUGGGAGCCACGAGCAUCGGCACUCCCGAGACGGUCGCGGAUGAAAUGGAGCGAUGGGUUCGAGAAGGUGAUGUGGAUGGGUUCAAUAUUGCGUACGCUGUCUUCCCUGCCACGUUCAGGGACACAAUUGACAUGCUCGGACCGGAGCUUCAAAGACGUCGUAUUUUCUGGCAUGAUUUCCACGUUCCUGGUGGCACGUAUCGAUAG